AUGCAGCAGCUUCUUCCGAUUGCACUAAGAGGUAUGUUAUCGAAAGGUCCUAGAGUAGCAAUAGUACGCUUAUGCGCUUUCUUCAGUCAAUUGUGUCAGCGAGUAAUUGACAGGGAGCAGAUUCUGAUAAUGGAAGCUGAGAUAGUAGAAACGCUCUGUAUGUUUGAACGAUUUUUCCCUCCAAGUUUCUUUGAUAUCAUGGUCCACUUAACCGUACAUCUAGGAAGGGAAGCUCGACUUGGUGGACCAGUUCACUUUAGAUGGAUGUACCCAUUCGAGAGAUAUAUGAAAGUUCUCAAAGAUUAUGUACGAAAUCCGGCUAGACCUGAAGGGUGUAUUGCUGAGUCUUAUCUUGCUGAGGAAUGCAUUCAGUUUUGUAGUGAGUUUUUGAAGAAGACAACAAACUUACAAGACAAAGUAGACAGAAAUACAGAGUACGAGAACAACUCUAUACGAGAGGGUCGCCCAAUAUCUACAGGCACUACAAUUGCUCUUACAGAAACAGAGAUGAAAAUUGCCCAUCUCGCUAUCAUCCAAAAUAUGGUUGUCAUUGAUCCUUAUGUCGAGUAA